AUGAGUUUGAAUUUACUCGAUCAAUUGAACUGGCACACUCCGUUUCAUGAUUUCAUAGAAAAUAUUCCUAGAUUAGUUGUAGUUGGAGCUCAAAGUGUUGGAAAAACUAGUAUUUUAGAAAAAAUAAUCGGUCAUUCUGAUGUAAUGCCUAAAGGAAAUGGAAUGGUAACACGACAGCCUGUUUCAUUUAGACUAUACUAUGAAAAAUCAAUUGAUUUUUACGCAGUUUUAUCACUGAAGGUCCCUCCUCCUUCAUAUGAUCAAAUUCAAAAAGACGUGGUAGAUGCAGCUGACAAUCGGUACGUUACAGACAAGUGGUUGGUUGAAACUCCUUUAUUUAUCAAAAUUUACAGCCGCAAGUGUCCUAAUUUAGCAUUAGUAGAUUUACCGGGCUUAAUCAGAGUACCGGAUGAUAGACAGCCUAAAGAUUUAGAUGAGCAAAUAAAAAAAUUAAUCAUGUCUUAUAUAACACAGUCCAACACGGUUAUUGUAGCAAUAAGUCCUGCUAAUCAAGAUAUAGCAAAUUCAGAUAGCUUAAAAUUAGCUCGUGAAGUAGAUCCAACAGGAAAUCGAACCGUAGGAGUCAUAUCUAAAUACGACUUAGUAGGCUCGGAUGAAAUAAUUGAGGGAGUAAUUAAAGGUAAACUUUAUAAGUUACGUUAUGGAUAUAUUCCAAUCAUAAUAUCAAACGAAAAACCAGCUGAAGAAGAAAAAACGAUUAAAAAUCUAAUUACUAGACUAGAAGUGCGGUAA